AUGAUCGAACCAGAUAAAUGCGUUUUGACUGUCGCGAGAAUUCGGCCAUUUGAAUUUGAACGUAAGAAGUCAAUCGGUUGUUUAGACAUCAUUCGUUUGAUGUCAGAGAAUGUAAUUGACAUUUAUGAUAUCACGAUGAAUAUGUCGAAUAAGAUAAACGGCAGGAACGAUAUGCUGCACAGCAACAUUUUCUCCAUGUUUCGAAUUCGUUCUUGGGCUUUAUGCCAACGUGUUAAGUUUACCAACACAGAAGCUGAUGAGCAAGUGACGAACAUUUCAUCUUUAUCUCGCUGGCAUCCUACGAUACAAAUCAAUCACAUUCAAUUCCAUACUACAAUAAAUGACGUCAACGUUUCUUUGACUAUUACGAUUUCAACGUAUCACAAAAAAGAUUUCAAACAACUUCAGCAACAAGCUCAAGCAGUAUGGACUUUUUCAUCUGUCAAACGUUUCGGACGCGUGAUGACAUUGAAACAAAAUCUAUUUCAUACUGUUAAUGCAAUUGGAGCGAGUAACUUUCAAGCAUAUGUAGCCGAUCGAUUAAACUUAGCGGCUCAUCGGCACAGUGAAUGGACAAGCGGUAGCAUGUUAAAUUGGACUCCUCGAAAUCUCGACGAUAAGAUGUCAAAGUGGAGCAAGAGAGUUCGUGCACCUGCGGGUUAUGAAUAUAUUGAGCCAGUAAUGGAUGCUCUGGAGAGAGAAUUGCGUGAAAGAAUGAAUGAGCCACAUGAAGGCAAGCGACAAUGUGAAGCGCUAUGGCCUGUGCAUCAAAUUAAUUGGCAGCGAAGUCGCUACGUUUAUGACAUGUUCUACAAGUAUAAAAAGAUUUCACGCGAGGUGUAUGAUUACUGCAUACGUCGUAAAUUGGUGGAUUCGAAUCUCAUUGCCAAGUGGAAGAAACCAGGCUACGAACGCCUAUGCAGUACAUUUGCCAUUAAUACCAAGAAUUAUAAUUACGGGACAGUCAGUAUCUGCCGCGUACCUAGACAGCAGCUAUCAGAGGGGCAAGUAAUACAAGAAAAACAUAGUGGCUGCAGAGGAUGUGCUUCUGGACCUGGAGGAUAUCACAAUAUCUUUGGUAAUAAGUAUGGACAGUAUUUAGCCCGGAUUCAGAUCGCUCGAGAGGAGGCAGCUAAGAAGAAUACGAUUAAUCAAGUGUGGGCUACUGAAGAGGAAGAGGAAGCGUAUACGAGUGGUGACGAGAAGAGAAAGAGAGACGAGAGAAUUGAAAAGAAUGACAAUGAUAGUGAUGAUGAGGAGACGAAAGAGUCAGAAACACCACAAAAGAAGAAGAAAAGCGAGUAA